AUGCACUUCACCAACGUCUUCGUCCAGGCCCUGCUUGCCGGCUCCGCCGUUGCAGCCCCCGCUUCUCUCGCCAGCAAGCGUCAACUCCAGCCCAUCCAGGCUGCCUUGACCAACGUCCAGGACUCUCUUACCGGGCUCGACACUGCUGUCAAGGCUCUCAACGCUGCGGACCCCAACACCGCCGCCAACCUGCUUGAUGCCUCCAACAAGGUCCAGACCUCGCUGAAGCAAGGUACCACGCAGAUCCAGGGCGCCCAGGAGCUUUCCCUCACCGAUGCCCUCACCCUCCAGCAGUCAGCCGGUGGCCUGACCAGCGCUGUCCAGACCUCUGUUGAUGACUUGGUCGCCAAGAAGCCCGAGCUUGACAAGCUUGGCGCCACCUCCAUCGCCGUUGACCAGCUCAAGCAGCAGAAGGCGACUGCCGGUGACUUCAGCAGUGCCAUCGUUUCCAAGGUUCCCGCCAUCGGCCAGGGCAUUGCUCAGCAAUCUGUUGACCAGGUUACCCAGUCCCUGGACGGUGGCAUUCAGAAGCUCGGCGGUGAUGCCGCUGGUGGUGCUGCCGGUGGUGCUGCUCCUGCAGCCCCCGCUGCCCCUGCCGCUCCCGCCGCUCCCGCCGGCGCACAAGAGCAGUUCCACGCCGAGGUCAUGGCCUAA